CCCAAAUAGGCAUCGUAAUAGGCAUCGUGUUUACGUGGUUGCGUUCACUGCCUGGCCACCGUUUUGCUGCUUGCGUCAGAGUCGACCUCGGUUCGGCGCUCUAAACAGAAAAUCGACCUUGCUACCGUAGUAUUUGGGCUUUAGAUCCACUGCUUAUCAAAUCUAGGCUCAAGAAUGCAGCUGCUCGGUGGUCGGCAGUCUGUGGCGCACGGCCGUGCUGCCGGUUCGCGCCGCUCGGUGCCUCAGGCGCCCGCGCUUCCUCGCUCUCUGGGUCAGCCGGGUGCUGCUGAUGCGCUCUUGGGCCGCUCGGCGGGGCUCCGCACUGCGCCCGGUCUGAAGGCUCGCCGCUCCGCUCGCGGAGCUGUGCGCGUAGAGGCUUUCUUCAACAAGCUUUUUAAGACCGAUCCCUCGGCCGGUACUCGUAAUAAGUACCAGUCGCGUGUGGACCAGGUGAACGCUCUGGAGCCGGCCAUGCAGGCUCUGUCCGAUGACCAGCUGCGCGCUAAGACCACGGAGUUCAAGGAGCGCGUGAAGAAGGGCGAGUCGCUGGAGAGCAUUCUGCCGGAGGCAUUCGCGGUGGUGCGCGAGGGCUCCCGCCGCGUGCUGGGCCUGCGCCCCUUCGACGUGCAGCUCAUUGGCGGCAUGAUCCUGCACGAGGGCCAGAUUGCGGAGAUGCGCACCGGCGAGGGCAAGACGCUGGUGGCGGUGCUGCCCGCCUACCUGAACGCGCUGACGGGUCGCGGCGUGCACGUGGUGACGGUGAACGACUACCUGGCACGCCGUGACUCGGAGUGGGUGGGCCAGGUGCACCGCUUCCUGGGCCUGUCCGUGGGCCUAAUCCAGGCUGACCUGAAGCCCGAGGCGCGCCGCGCCGCCUACGCCUGCGACGUGACGUACGUGACCAACAGCGAGCUGGGCUUUGACUACCUGCGCGACAACCUGGCGGCGGCCCCCGCCGAGCUGGUGCUGCGUGAGGCCACGCCCUUCAACUUCUGCGUCAUUGAUGAGGUGGACUCCAUCCUCAUUGACGAGGCGCGCACGCCGCUCAUCAUCAGCGGCAUGAGCGACAAGCCCUCCACCAAGUACGUCAAGGCGCACAAGAUCGCGGACGCCUUGUCCCGCGACGUGCACUACACCGUGGACGAGAAGCAGAAGUCGGUGCUGCUGACGGAGGACGGAUACGAGGCGGUGGAAGACGUGCUGCAGGUGACUGACCUGUACGACCCGCGCACCCAGUGGGCCUCCUACAUCAUCAACGCGCUCAAGGCCAAGGAGCUGCAGAUCAAGAACGUCAACUACAUUGUCAAGGCCGGAGAGGUGAUCAUCGUGGACGAGUUCACUGGCCGCACCAUGCCCGGGCGCCGCUGGAGCGACGGCCUGCACCAGGCUGUGGAGGCCAAGGAGGGGCUGGAGAUCCAGAACGAGAACAUCACCCUGGCCUCCGUGUCCUACCAGGCCUUCUUCCGCGGCUUCCCCAAGCUGGCGGGUAUGACUGGUACCGCCGCCACCGAGGUGUCUGAGUUCGACUCCAUCUACAAGCUGCCUGUGGCCGUGGUGCCCACCAACCGCUCCAUCAGCCGCCAGGACAACCCGGAUGUGGUGUUCCGCCUGGAGCAGUACAAGUGGAAGGCGGUGGUCACGGAGGUGAAGCGCAUGCACAAGACCGGCCGGCCCGUGCUGGUGGGAACCACCAGUGUGGAGAAGAGCGAGAUCCUGUCGGCCAUGCUUCAGGAGGAGGGCAUCCGCCAUCAGGUGCUGAACGCCAAGCCCGAGAACGUGGAGCGUGAGUCCGAGAUUGUGGCGCAGAGCGGCCGCAAGGGCGCCGUCACCAUCUCCACGAACAUGGCCGGUCGCGGUACCGAUAUCCUGUUGGGCGGUAACGCCGACUACAUGGCCCGCCUGAAGCUGCGUGAGAUGCUAAUGCCCGAGGUGGUGACCAUCGUGGAGGACGACAACAACCCCUUCCGCGUGGGCAAGGACGGCAAGGCGCGCGUGCGCAACUGGGCCGCCAACCCCUCGCUUUUCCCCUGCGAGCUCAGUGCUAACACCAUGUCCAUGGCCAAGUCCGCUGUGACUGCGGCUGUGGCGGCGUGGGGCACGCGGCAGCUGUCGGAGCUGGAGGCGGAGGACCGGCUGUCCGUGGCGUGUGAGAAGGGACACACCGAGGACCCCGAGCUGCUCAAGCUGCGUGAGGCGUUCGGCGCCAUGCUGUCCGAGUACAAGGCGGUGACGGAGGUGGAGAAGGCCGAGGUGGUGGGGCUGGGCGGCCUGCACGUCAUCGGCACGGAGCGCCACGAGUCGCGCCGCAUCGACAACCAGCUGCGCGGCCGCUCCGGUCGCCAGGGCGACCCCGGCUCCACCCGCUUCUUCCUGUCUCUGGAGGACCCGCUGUUCCGCGUGUUCGGCGGCGACCGCAUCAAGGGCCUCAUGGUGGCCUUCCAGGUGGAGGACCUGCCCAUGGAGAGCUCCAUGCUCAGCGACGCGCUGGACACGGCGCAGAAGCGCGUGGAGGCCUACUUCUUCGACAUCCGCAAGAACCUGUUUGACUACGACCAGGUGGUCAACACGCAGCGCGACAAGAUCUACGCGGAGCGGCGCAAGGCGCUGCUGGCGCCCGACCUGGCGCAGAUGAUGCGCGAGUACGCGGAGAAGACCGCAGACGACAUCCUGGAGGCCAACGUGGACAAGUCCACGGAGCCGGCCGAGUGGAAGCUGGACAGCCUGGCCGCCAAGAUGGUGCAGUACUGCUACCUGCUGGAGGGUCUGACUGGCGACGAGCUGCUCAAGGUGGCCAACGAGAGCGGCUUCGAGGGCCUGCGCGUGCACCUGCACCGCGUGUGCGUGGACGCCUACGAGAAGAAGGUGCAGAUGGUGGACGCAGUGCAGCCGGGCCUGAUGGCGGAGGUGCAGAAGUUCUUCGUGCUCAGCCAGACCGACAGCCUUUGGAAGGAGCACCUGCAGGCCAUCAAGUUCCUGCAGCAGGCGGUGGGACUGCGCGGCUACGCCAGCAAGGAUCCGCUGACCGAGUUCAAGCUGGAGGGCUACAACCUGUUUGUGGACAUGACGGCGCAGAUCCGCCGCAACGUGAUCUACAACGUCUACAUGUUCCAGCCGCAGCGGAUUGUGCCGGUGGAGGAGGUGCAGCAGCAGGCGGCAGCGGCCGCGGCAGCCAACGGCAGCGCCAAUGGCAGCAGCAACGGGACAGCCAAGGAGGCGGAGACCGCCAAGAGUGGCGGCAAGCAGAAGGCCAAGGCCCGCGCAUAAGCGCUGGGCUUGCAGCAAUGUGUGUGUGUGUGUGUGUGUGUGUGUGUGUGUGUGUGUGUGUGUGUGUGUACGCGUGUGUUCGUUACGUUGAGGGGGUAUGGAGAUUGGUGUGUCCGCAACUUCGCUGCAACCGAAACAGCGGGUUGCGCUGCGGGAUAGCAUGAAGAAGGACUGAGGCAAGCUGAGUACAAGUUAACGUAACGUUACCGUAUGUUGAGGGGUGCAGGAGAGUUCACGGCUGUUUUGGUGGUGCUGACGGAGAGACUACGCCGUACGGUGCGAGCUGCAUUCACUGUGAUGCGAUGCUCUUCUUGUUGAUAGUACGGGCCCGAUUUUGAGUGCGGCGCACGGGCAUUAGGUGGUGCACAGCAGCACAGGAAGUAUGCACACAGAAGCGCAGGGAGAGGGCAGCCCCAAGAGAGUCGAGAGAGGCUGUCAGGUUGGCACAGGUUUGACAUGAUGGCAAACGCAAAGGCCAAUCAAGCAACUGUAUAACGACGACGAAACUCU